AUGUCAUCUGCGGGUCAAAAAAGAAAGAGAACGGAGGAAUCUCCUUUGACAAGACAAGAUGGUACGCAGCAGCCUACAGGGUCAACCCUGCUGCGUAAUUCUGACGAAGCGUCGUUCCCAAGAGGUGGUUCCAGUGCUCUGACGCCUUUGGAGCUGAAACAGGUUGCCAAUGAAGCUGCCAGUGACGUUUUGUUCAAAGCGGACGCCAGUGGAACGGCUGCUCCUAAGGAAGUUCAAAGACCCAAGAAAAAGAAAAAAACUACCGGUUCUUCCAAGCAAGGUACUUCGGCCUCAACAGACUCUGAUGAGGGCUCCGUGUCCAUAGUAGAACAUCUCACUUUCAAAAACCUGCCUGAGGGUACCCUACUCUUGGGUCAAAUCUCUAAGGUGACCAAGCAUGAUCUUUGUGUGUCUCUAUCAGAUGGUCUAUGCGGAUUCGUGACUUUACCCAACAUUUCUGGACCAUUCACACAGAUUUUGGAAGAUCUUGACGAGGCCAUGCAAAGUGACGAGGAAGAAGAAAACAAUGCUAGCGGCUCGGACGCCGAAUACGACAGCGACGAAGAUGAAAAACUAAAGGCACAGCGUCAGGCGACCAAAUCCAAAGAAUUGCCAAACUUGGAAAAUUUCUUCCGCGCAGGGCAAUGGCUGAGAUGCGUUGUGCAGUCAAACUCGGCUUUCGACAGUAAUAACAAAAAAUCAAAGAGAAUUGAGCUGUCAAUCGAGCCGGAAGCUGUCAACAAGCUGAUAGAGGAAGACCUGGUCAGGAACUGUACGCUACAAUGUGCCGUAAAAAGUAUAGAAGACCACGGUGCUAUUUUAGACGUUGGCCUCGAAGGCAUGAGCGGUUUUAUAUCGAAGAAAGACUACGCGCAGCUGCCAGGUUUGCAACAAGGCCAAGUGUUUUUGGCUAAUGUCUCUAAAAGGUCUACCAGAACUGUCACAGUGAACUUCGAUUUCAACAACAAGAAAUCCAAGGUCACUCAAAUAUCUUCGAUCGAUGCCGUCAUCCCAGGUCAAGCGGUCGAUUUUCUUUGCCAGAAAAAGACUUCUAAUGGAUACAUUGGAAAGGUUUUUGGUAUGGUCGAUGGUUUCUUCAACAUAUCUCAGCAGUCAAAGUUCAAGGCUGCUGACGGCGACGAACAGCCAUACGCCAUUGGAAACAACGUCAAAGCACGAAUCAUAGCAUCCCUCAUCAACAAAGCUGGCGAGAAGUUUGUUCUUAUGUCAGAGCUGCCACAUAUUUUGUCUCUCCAGCCUUCGUGCUCUCAAGUAGAGGCAUUAGAGGCAUUCCCUGUGGGUCAUAUCUUUGAAGAAUGUGAAGUCAAGGACCGCGAUGCUCAAUUCUUUUACUUAACUUUGAACAGGGACAGUAUGGGACAAGUCCACAUAUCUAAAACAGGAGGAGAAGAUCCCACAAAUGGUGUUUCGGCGCGUGUUGUAGGAUACAAUAAUUUUGACGGGUAUUACCAGUUGUCGACAGACCCUGAAACCUUAAAGGCAUCAUACAUCCGGGCUGUCGAUAUUCCACUUGGUACCAUUCUUACAGGUUGUGAGAUACAGGAAGUUUCUGAUAAAGGUAUUAAAUUAAGCAUUAUGAGUGGACAGUUUCAGGCCACUGUUCCCCCAAUUCAUAUAUCAGACAUUAGACUGGUAUACCCAGAGAGAAAGUUCAAGAUCGGUUCAAAAGUUAAGGGUAUGUUGUUAAGCACCAACGCUCGGGGCCACCUUUUCGUCUCUUUGAAAAAAUCACUUGUGAACAUUGAUUUGGAUGAGAUCAAAAUGGCCUCCAGCUUUGAAGACAUCGAACGAAUUUCAUCUGAUGGUUCAAAAGUCGCUGCAACCGUGGAGUUUUACAAGACUAAUGGCUGCGUCGUAUCUUUCUUGGGCGGGCUAAAGGGUUUUCUGCCCAGCAGUGAAAUUUCAGAAGCGUUUGUCAAACGGCCUCAAGACCACCUAAGAUUGGGACAAACCGUGAUCGUCAAAGUCUUGGAGCAUGACAAGACUAGAAACCGGUUGAUCGUAACGUGCAAGGUUUCGAAUGAAGCUGCGUCUCAGCAGAAAGAAACUAUAGAACGCAUGGAAGUUGGAAGAUCGAUAAUAAAGGUUGCAGUAGUCGAAAAAACAAAAGACUCAGUGGUUGUCGAAGAAUUGAAAUCUGGCCUACGCGGAGUGAUUUAUGUUGGACAUCUCUCGGACUCCAGAAUAGAGCAGAAUAGAGCUUCAUUGAAAAGCGUUAAGAUCGGUAAUGAAUUCGAGGGUCUGGUCAUCGAUAAAGAUGUCAGAACCAGGGUUUUCAACCUGUCUUGCAAAAAGUCUUUGAUCAGGGACGCAGAGAAACUCCUGUUACCUUUGACCUACCAGGAUGUCAAGGAAAAAGGUACAGAAAAACCCAUGCAUGGAUACGUCAAGUCCGUUUCCGAGAAAGGAGUUUUCGUUGCAUUUAAUGGACAGUUUGUUGGGUUGGUGUUGCCGAGCUAUGCUGCUGACAGUCGUGAUGUCGAUCUGUCUCUCAAAUAUUACGUCAAUCAGUCGGUGACCGUUUAUUUGCUGAGAACGGAUGAUGCACAUGAGCGUUUUCUUCUCACAUUGAAGAAGCCAAAAUCUGCUGAAAUUCCAAAAGCAUCUCAAGAAACUAGCAUCAAAGCAAUUAAUCCUGUUGACUCGAAAGUUGAAACUCUCCAGGAUUUCAGCAUAGGAAGAGUAACGAAGGCAAUCGUUAAAGCAGUAAAGAGGAACCAGCUGAACGUUGCUGUCGCUGACAAUCUACAUGGUGCAAUCGACGUCUCCGAAGUGUUCGACAACUACGAAAGUAUAGGCGAUGUGGAGAACCCUCUCAGUAAGUUCAAGAAAGGUGACGUUUUGGACGUCAAAGUCAUCGGUCAUCACGAUGUUAAAACACACAAAUUUCUACCAAUUUCCCACAAGACAUCCAAGAAUGUUCUUCUGGCCCUGACAGCCAAAAAGAGUAGACUAGAAGGUGCGGAUCCCCUUAAAUUGGAUGAUAUAAAUGUGGGAGAUUCGGUCGUGGGCUUUGUCAAUAAUAUCAUGAAAGACAUUGUCUGGCUGACAGUUUCUCCAACGAUCAAGGCAAAGGUUAGUACUCUUGAGCUUUCUGACGAAGGUUUGCGGAAUGGCGGAAACAUUGAAGCAGCCUUCCCUCUAGGUUCCGCCCUGAAGGUGAAAGUCACUCACAUUGAUAGAGACCGCAACACUUUGGGCGUUUCUGGAAGAUCUCGCACGAUAAACGGUCCUUCUGAAGUCGCUGUGGGUCAAAAACUACCGGCACGAAUUCUCAACGUAACCGAGAGCUAUGUGUUGUUGGAACUUGGGGAAAAAGUGAAAGGUGUUGCUUUUAUCACAGACGCAUUGAGUGAUUAUUCAAAGUCGCUCAAGGAUACGUUCGGCUCGCAGAGAAACUCGAUUGUGUCUGUCACGGUCAUUUCCAACAAAGACGACAAAAUUAACCUGUCAAUGCGGUCUGAAGAUGCCAAGGACGGUAAGGCCACCACUCACGAAUCCUUGAAGCAGGGCGACAUCGUGCGCGGUUUCGUGAAAAAAGUUACCGAUAAGGGUGCUUUCAUUUACUUGGGAAGUAGCCUGCAAGCUUUUGUUCCUGUAAGCAAGCUAACAGACUCUUAUAUCAAGGAAUGGAAGAAGUUUUACAAACCAAUGCAAUCGGUUGUCGGAAAGGUGGUUAACUGCGAUGAUGAUGAGCACAUCCUUGUCACCUUGAAAGAAUCCGAAGUCAACGGUGAUCUCAAGAUUUUGAAAAAUUACGCAGACAUUAGCGUCGGAGAAGUCUAUGAAGGUACGGUUAGAAAUGUUACGGAUUUCGGCCUGUUUGUCAGACUGAACAAUACCAUGAAUGUUACGGGUCUGGCAUAUAAAACUCAAAUUGCAGACAGCAAAAUCGACGAUCCUUCAACACUUUUUGGUACUGGUGACAAGGUAAAGGCGAUUGUUUUGAAGGUGAACCCAGAGAAAAAACAGUUGUCAUUGGGAUUGAAGGCCUCUUACUUCAAGUCUGAAGAAGAACCCACAUCAGAGCAUGAUCAUCCUAUUUCCGAGGAAGAAUUAGGCGAAGAAGAGGAUGAACUUGUGAAUGGCGAAGAAUUAGUCGAAGAUGAGAACAACAGUGAAAAUGAAGAUUCGGGUGACGAGGAGACUGGCUCUGUGGCUCCAAAUGCGAAGUCGGGAUUGACUGGCGGCCUAAGCUUAAGCGCCGACUUUGACUGGACUACCAGUAUUUUAGACCAAGCUCAGGAUUCCGAGUCUUCGGAAGAAGAAGAUUUCACGGAUUCCAAGCGCUCUAAAAACAAGAAGAGAAAGACGGCUGCGAAUGUUGAGGAUCAAACCAUUGAUAUUAACACACGCGCACCUGAAUCCGUUGGUGACUUUGAGCGAAUGAUAAUGGGUAACCCUAACUCCUCUGUUGUCUGGAUGAACUAUAUGGCGUUUCAGCUUCAGCUGGGCGAAACCGACAAGGCUCGAGAGGUGGCCGAACGGGCACUGAAAACGAUCAAUUUUAGAGAAGAGGCAGAAAAAUUGAACAUCUGGAUUGCCUUGCUCAACUUGGAGAACACUUUUGGCACGGACUUGUCCUUGGAAGAAGUCUUUUCCAAGGCAUGCCAGUACAUGGACUCCUAUGUCAUCCACACCAAACUAAUCAGCAUCUACCAGAUGAGUCAUAAUACUGAAAAAGUAAACGCUCUCUUCAAGGCCACGGCCAAGAAAUUCGGAUCCGAGAAAGUGGGUAUCUGGGUCUCAUGGAGCGAAUAUUUGAUCGAAAAAAACCAAAACGAAGAAGCCCGCCAAGUGUUGGCUAAUGCAUUGCAAGCUUUGCCAAAGCGUUCCCACGUCGAGGUUGUGCGGAAGUUUGCCCAGCUGGAAUUCUCUAAGGGAGAUCGGGAACAGGGUCGCUCGCUUUUCGAGGGUAUCCUGGCUGACACCCCCAAGAGAAUUGAUCUAUGGAACGUGUAUGUUGACCAGGAGAUCAAAGCAGGAGAGAAGAAGAGAGUUGAGGACCUUUUCGAGAGAAUCAUCAAUAGAAAACUGACCAGAAAACAGGCAAAGUUUUUCUUUGGCAAAUGGCUCGACUUUGAGGAAAACAGCGAUGACGCGAAGACUGCGGAAUAUGUGAAGGCAAAGGCAUCAGAAUAUGCGGCUAAGCUUGAGAAUAAAUCUUCUGCUACCAAUUAG